AUGAACGACCCCUCCCCCUCCACCAAGGUUGUCGAUACCCACGGAGGAGGUUGGCGACCUCGGUGGAGGGGUCGGGGUCGCCGAUUGGCGGUCCUAAUCCCGAAUCGAUCGGGGACUUCCUACUAUCCUCGGUGGAUUUGGGGUUGGGGCCGCCGCUCCACCGUGGUCGCCGGCGUCCUCUGUGGGUACCGGCGACCUCGGUGGAAGAGUCUGGUGAUAGCGGGGCUGGAGCGUUUCGUGUUCAAAGGGGUGGCAUCGAACCUAGUGACAUACCUGACAGACGUGAUGGAGAUGAGAAACUCGUCGGCGGCCAAGAUGGUGAGCAGCUGGUGCGGCCUCACCUCCAUUCUCCCCCUCUUCAUCGCCCCUCUCGCCGACUCCUACUGGGACCGCUACUCCACCGUCUUGGCCUUCUCUUUCUUGUAUGUAUUGGGGCUCACGGCACUGACAUCGACCGCAAUGGCAACGGCAUGGUCCCCGGAAAACAAAUCGAGCUCAGCCUUCCUCUUCUCGUCCCUGUGCCUGAUCUCAGUUGGGCUGGGAGGGUACAACCCGUCCCUCCAGGCUUUCGCGACAGACCAGCUUGAGGCCGAGGAGGAGGAACUGCCCUGUACUAAGGAUGAACGUGGACCGCCUGACAAGAAGAGCCAGUUCUUCAAGUGGAAUUACUUUGGGGUCUGCAGUGGGUGCCUGCUGGGGAUCACGGUCCUGUCCUACAUCCAGGACACUAUUGGGUGGGUCAUUGGGUUUUCUAUUCCGACUGGGGCUAUGGCGAUCUCGAUUGCACUCUUCUGCUGCGGGAACCGGAUUUAUGCCCACAAACAGGUCCUGGAUGUUGAUAGGAGGCCCUUCACGUGGAUAGUUAAAGCUAUCAAGGCAGCUGCAACCAAAAUGGUGGGUAGUGGCAUCAAAUUACCUGAUGAGAAGUCUGAACUGGGUGAGCUUGAGCUGCAAGAGAAGCCUCUCUGUCAUCACAAUGUCGGGAUCACUGAGGAGGACCCAAAGAACGGGCAAAAAUUUUACAUGCUUAAAAAUGCAAAAGUGGUGCUCAGGCUAUUGCCCAUAUGGAUAACACUCCUAAUGUUCGCCGUCAUCUUCCAACAGCCAGCAACAUUCUUCACCAAGCAGGGCAUGGUGAUGAGAAGAACCGUUGGAAGGGGCAGCUUCAAGAUCCCGCCGGCGACCUUGCAGAGCACCAUCACGCUGUCGAUAAUCCUCCUCAUGCCCCUUUAUGACAAAAUGCUCAUCCCUAUUGUCCGCAUCUUCACCCGGAACGAGAAAGGCAUGAAUGUGAUGCAAAGGAUGGGAAUCGGGAUGUUCCUUACCAUCGUGGCUAUGGUUAUCGCUGCCCAGGUCGAGACUAAGAGGUUGGAGAUUGCUAAGGGAGAAGUUGGGAAACCUAGUCCCCUAACUGGUCCCAACAAUGCGUCCCUCAGCAUAUUCUGGUUGCUCCCUCAGUACAUAAUACUAGGCAUGUCUGAUGUUUUCACGGUGGUCGGGAUGCAAGAGUUCUUCUACAGAGAGGUCCCUCUCCGGAUGAGGACCAUGGGGUUUGCGCUCUACACUAGUGUCUUCGGCGUAGGCGGCUUCUUGAGUGCCCUGAUGAUCUCCAUCAUCGAGUCUAUCACGAGGGGCCAUAGCUGGUUCUCUGAUAACAUGAACGAGGCUCGUCUAGACAAGUACUACUGGCUCCUGGCUCUGGGGAGCGCACUGAGCUUGCUGCUGUACAUUGCGUUUUGUAAACUUUACAGGAGCCGAAGCAACAUUGAAGACGAUAGUUUUGCAUAGCUCCAUUUUACUUCGGCAUUUCUCGUCCUUCUGUUUUAUAGGUUAAGGAUUAAGGCUUUUUCUUUUCCUUCCAUUCAAAGGAAAUAUUUGGAAAGGGUCUAAAUAGUGAAGAAGAAACUGCUCCUUUUUUCUGUUUCAUAACAAGCCGAAAUUAACUCCUUCUCUGUCCUUA